AUGAACCAUUUGAAGGGGCAGUUGAAGGCGUCUGGGGUGCUCGAUGCACUCAAUGAAACUGUGAAGAAAGCGAGGGAGAAGGUUCAUAGGAAGAAAGAGUCCUUGACCCAGAAGCUGGUCGACUCGGGCGUUUCGAUCCCCCUAGUCGAUCUGGAAAUCCAGUUCAUCGGAGCCAAUGGACUCCCCAAGAUGGACGUGGUGGGCUCCGCGGACCCCUACUUUGUCGCCAAACUCGACGAUCGCAUAACAUUCGUGUCCAACGUUAUCAAGAACACGCUUUCGCCUGUGUGGAACGAGGUGUGGAGGGUGAAGAACGUACCCAGUACGGCGUCCUUGCGCGUGGAGGUUUGGGAUAAGGACGAGGGUUCAGCUACGGACGACUAUAUUGGCAAGUCAUUGACGAGCGUUACAGCGGCCGCGAAGGAGCUCGAGAUCGAGGCGCCCUCCAUCGCCCUACGCAAGUCCAGGGGCACGUUCUGGCUCAAAGUCGAGAGCACACCAUCGACUAUGCGACAACAACAAGAAUUCCAGUACCUCUUCGACGGACCUAUCCGCUUCACCCGACACUUUUCGCCCACCGUCGGGUUAUUCACUGCCUCGUCCACGGUUCGUGCCAUCGGGGAGACGCCGUCCGAGCCUGUCCACGACCCUCGGCUGUACUCGACGUGGAAGUUCCACAUCAAGGGUGUGCCUCUGUUCUUCCGUGACGUCCAUCAGCCGUGGAAUAGGGACUAUCCCGCUGCGCAGAAGAUCUUUGGGCAGGGUCCUACGAGCCUCGCUGUGCGCGGGACGGUGCAGGCUGGGCAUAGCAUGCUCUACGCCCGCUUUGCGGAUAACGGCUCCGGCAUCCUCGAUACGCGCAACAAGGACAACCCGGAGAUCGAGGAGCCCAUCAGUCUUAAAGAGGUGCUGCAUGCGGGGGGCAGUGCGAAUGAGCGCAUCAAACCCGCCGUCUACACCUAUAUUAUUUCAUCCAUCGAUGAUACCCUGCGGUUUAGCGAGACUGGUGCUGCGUUCUUUGUGGACUUUGCGUCUAAACAUGCGCUGCACGCCAACUGCGCGCCGCAGGUGGACUGGGAGCUGGUGGUGGACAACAACUCGGGGACGUACGCGCCUGACAAGAUGGUUCUACCCACCGUCCAAGAGUGUUUGGAGAGUAACUUUGGGUGUGGGUUGCCGAGUGUAGACCCUGCGAGGAGGGGGUUUAGGGUGGUUGUGUAUGAUAGGGAGGAUCCGAGGUUGGUGGAGAGUAGGGAGGCGUGUAGGGAGUAUGCGGUUAGGGUUAGGGGGGUGAGAAGGGAGGAGUUGCAGCCGCAUGUGCAGGAGGGGGAGGUGCCGCUUAGUGCGACUGUUGCCUCCGGGUCGGAGCAGCGGUUCUCGCAGGGUGGGUUUCAUGGUUCUAGUUCGUGA